UCUUUUUUAAGCAUUUUGGUUUUCUUCUUCUAGUCGAGGCCCAAGGACCACUGGCACACGGAAGGAUUAGACAGGAUGAGUGCAAGGUAGGAAAACGCUUCGCACAAGAGAGCAGCGAUAAGGUAUCAGUAUCACAGUGUAUGCUGAAACCAAAAGCUUAAGAACACCGGGGCUUCACUUCUUCCCAUGGAGGUCGUUAGCAUCUCCAUCAAUGCUUCCAUGGCCCCAAACUUCUCCAUACCUCAGGUGUCAAAGUGGGAACCUAUAGCUGUUGGGGUGAUACGAACUCCAUUUUCCUUAACGUAUAACGGGAAAAGAGGUCCAAGCUUCAGAAGUAAAGGCUCUAAAACUGAAUUUUCACUUCGUUUGGUACCCAGCUUCAGCAAAAGCUGUUCCGCUCACCGUAGUUUGUUUCCAAUAACUUCUGGCUGGCUUACUGGAUGGAGGAAAAAUUCCAGUCUUAAAAGAAUAACGCAUUAUUCAGUGAACUUCAGACAGCAGGCCUCAUUUGUUUUUGUGCGGUUGGCUGUUGGAGUGAUGUUGGUUAUGUCAUUUUCUCUUGUCUUCAGCAAUUCAUCCGGGGCACUCACUGAAGAGAAUCUCCUCUUUUUGGAGGCGUGGAGAACAAUUGACCGAGCAUAUGUUGACAAAACUUUUAAUGGACAAAGUUGGUUUAAGUAUAGAGAAAAUGCACUGCGCAAUGAGCCCAUGAACACUCGAGAAGAGACAUAUUCAGCAAUAAAGAAGAUGCUUGCGACACUAGAUGAUCCUUUCACAAGGUUUCUGGAGCCUGACAAAUUCAAAAGUUUGCGGUCUGGAACUCAAGGAUCUCUUACAGGUGUGGGACUGUCAAUAGGCUACCCUACAAAAGUUGAUGGACCACCUGCUGGACUUGUCGUCAUUUCAGCUUCUCCAGGAGGCCCUGCAUAUAGAGCUGGCGUUUUGUCAGGAGAUGUUAUUCUGGCAAUUGAUGAUACAAGUACAGAAAGCAUGGGGUUAUAUGAUGCAGCAGAACGACUACAGGGACCUGAUGGAAGCUCUGUAGCCUUGACCCUUCGGAGUGGUCAGGAAGUAAAGCACCUAUCAUUGAUGCGAGAGAAAGUUUCAUUGAAUCCAGUAAAGUCAAGAUUAUGCAAGCUGCCUGCUUCAGGAAAUGAUUCCCCGUCAAUUGGUUAUAUCAAACUAACAGCUUUCAACCAAAAGGCAUCCAAUGCUGUCAAGGAAGCAAUCAAUACAUUGAGGACCGAUAAUGUUAAUGCGUUUGUUUUGGACCUUAGAGAUAAUAGUGGUGGUCUCUUCCCAGAAGGAAUCGAGAUUGCCAAAAUUUGGUUGGACAAAGGUGUGAUUGUAUAUAUUUGCGAUAGUCGUGGUGUUCGAGAUAUACUGGACACAGAUGGAAGCAAUGCCAUAGCAACAUCAGAACCUCUUGCUGUAUUGGUGAACAAGGGAACAGCUAGUGCAAGUGAAAUAUUGGCUGGUGCGUUGAAAGAUAAUAAACGGGCCAUCUUAUUUGGAGAACCCACAUUUGGAAAAGGGAAGAUUCAGUCAGUAUUCGAGCUCUCCGAUGGUUCAGGAUUGGUCGUUACUGUUGCUCGUUAUGAGACACCUGACCACACCGAUAUCGACAAGGUUGGCAUCAUGCCCGACCACCCUCUGCCAGCAUCCUUUCCUAAGGACGAGGAUAGCUUUUGCAACUGCCUCCAGGAUCCUGCUUCUUCUUGUCAUGUCAAUAGAGUACAGCUAUUUGCAAGAUGAUGACUGUCUUGUCAUGCUAAUUUCUGAGAAAAGAGAGCAAUUCUUUGACAACAAGUAAUGAGUUUUGCUGAUUGUUGAUGGCUGAUGAAGUGAUGAUCACAUUUGUCUCUAAUUGAAGAAACAGUAGUGAGUGCUACCGAUUCCCUUGUUAUUUGGUUCUUCCUUUCUGUUUGGUGUAAAACGUAAACAACAUUCCCACGAUCUGAAACGUCAAAAUGUAAUGAAGCCAACAUGAAACAUGAUGGCAUGUGAUCAUAAAAGCAUGACAAUGCCGUUGCAUUAAAAAGGAGCCAUUUUAUGCGAA